AUGCCGGGAAUUGACUAUUUAGAGCUGAAUGGACUCAUGUACGAGUUCAUUCCCUCAGGAUUGACCUCAACCAUGCAGAUCUGUGGUCUGUACGCUAACCGACCCUUAAAGACUGCCAUUAAGAAGAAAUUCUUUCGAUGGAAGGUCUCGCAAACUAUACCACCGGGAGGUAAGUACAAAGUGGACCGAGUGCAAGUGAUUCACUGGGUCGAAGAAGCAGUAGUGGUGGUGAAUGAGCAGAUGGAGACGAGUCGGAAGGUGGAAUACAUGUUCAAUAGGCUUGGCCAGGAUCCGAGACAGUCUGACAAUCAGCUUUUCCAAGAUCAUAUGAGUUGUCUUCAAGAUAACGAGGUCUACAACUCCUUACUACUGAACCAGACUGCUGAAGGCCUGGAGUAG